UAUUGACUUGUUUCGCCUCCGUUUCCGUCGUCGAAGCGAAGGAUCGAUCCGAAGGCUUCAGAUUUCGAGGAAGUUUUUUUUUAAUCGAUUUUUGGAUUCUUCUGUUCUUCGCGCUUGAUCGGAGUGGAAGGCUUUCCGGGGAGAUAUCGCGGUCCACAUGGGCGAGUCGGAAGAGGUUCUGAAGUUGGAGAGCCCUAGCACUGACUCUCAGUUGGUAGGUUCUCUAUCUAAUGGAUGGACAGAUGAAAAGCAUAUAACAUUUCUUAAUGACAUUGAAUCCUCUUUUGUUAAUGAGCUAUACAAUGAGAAAUAUGAUUCCAGUGCAUGUCACAGAUGGUUAUCAAGGAUGAAAAUGCACAAGGGAUCUUGCGGUCAAUGUGAAAGUGAUAAAAAACCUGGUCAGUUAAAGGUAUUGCGUAUGGGUUGCUGGGAGAACUUUGUUUAUGAUAGGAACGAGAAUGAUGUAGAGACUGAGACUGAUUUUAUACCAUUUUCUGCAAAUCCCUGGAUUCAACAUUUUCGACCAACAAUCAUAACUAAGGAGAAGUGUCUUUUAUCAUCUGACAAGAUCGAUAGUUCUCAUCUCAUUGGACCUUCAGUUCAUCUAGAGAAUGAUGGGCGUUAUGGAGAAGUAACAAGCUCAAAGCAUAACUGUUGUCAAUGUUCUGUUGGCAGCAGUGCAGAAGCAUCAGACCAGAACUUUAUUGAUGAUGAGCUCAUAUCUGAGAAAAGAAGUUCGAUAAGCCGGAAGAGGAGACUGGGGACUCGAGUAGUUCAUGAUUCAAUCAAUGAUCAACUCGUGCCGUCAAAGAAAGCAUCUACAAAUUCAGAAUCCAACAGCAGAACAUGGGAAGUUGAUUCAAUCCUAGUGCUCUCUGAAACUGAAGCACCGUCAUGUGAUGACGAGGAGGUGAACAGUUGAAUUUUCAGAAUGGCAACUGAAAGCUUAUGGUGUACACAUAGCAGCAGUACAACUAAGUAUGGUUGUUUUCUUGUUUCUUGCAAUAACUGGUGUGGCAUUAAAUCAACGCUGACAAGUUCUCUACCUUCCAGUUUGUGGAAGCUUACGCUAUCAUCGCAAAGUAGCAUGUCCAUGGCUGGUCGGUGGUUUCAACUCCUGAUCUUUUUAUACUAUUGUUCAUCUUGAGAAGCAAUCUUUGUUGAGCUACGUGUGUUUAUUUUUUGCUGAAGAAUUCUGUUUCUUGUUCUUAUGUUAUCACAAUAUUUCUGUCUUCCCUUAGCGAGCAGUAUCCACUAAAGAUGAUUCAGUAAUGAAUUCAUAAAGCAAUCAUCUCAAAGAAGAUGAUUCAUUUUA